AUGGAAGUUUUCAUGGAUGAUUUCCCGGUAUUUGGUAGUUCAUUUGAAAAUUGUUUAGAGAGUCUUAAUAGGAUGUCGGAAAGGUGUGGACGGGCACACUUGGUUUUGAAUUGGGAAAGGUGUCACUUCAUGGUUAAGGAAGGUAUUGUUUUGGGACAUAAAGUUUCUAAGGCGGGUUUAAAGGUUGAUCAAGCUAAAAUUGAUGUGAUAAGUAAAUUGCCUCCACCCACAAAUGUUAAAUCAGUUAGAAGCUUUUUAGGUCACGCCGGUUUUUACCGAAGAUUCAUUAAAGAUUUUUCCAAAAUUACCCGGCCUAUGACUAAGUUGUUAGAGAAGGAUGUCCUAUUUGUGUUUAAUAAAGAAUGUCUUGACGCAUUCAACUUACUUAAAGAAAAUUUGACCAAUGCUCCUAUUAUGACGCCACCUAAUUGGUCAUUGCCCUUUGAGUUGAUGUGUGACGCUAGCGACUUUGCUUUAGGGGCCGUUUUAGGCCAAAGGGAGGAUAAACAUUUCCGCCCUAUUUCCUAUGCUAAUAAGACAUUGAACCCAGCCCAGCAAAAUUAUACUAUUGGAGUCGAGGAAGCACCUUGGUUUGCCGAUAUUGCUAACUAUCUUAGUGCAAAUGGCAUGAUAAGGAGGUGUGUGUCGGGAGGCGAGGCCCGACAGAUUCUUGAUGAUUGUCACCAUGGGCCAACCGGUGGACAUUAUGGACCGUCUGUCACCGGGAAUAAAGUGUAUGAUGCUGGAUUUUAUUGGCCAACGAUCUUCAAGGAAGCGCAAACUUUGGUAGAGGUUUGUGAUGUGUGUCAAAGACAAGACUUUAUGGGACCUUUUCUUCCAUCGAAUAGGAAUUUGUAUAUCCUUGUUGCUGUUGACUAUGUUUCAAGGUGGGCCGAGGCUAAAGCCUUGCCAACGAUUGAUGCACGUGUUGUCAUUCACUUUCUGAAACAACUUUUCUGUAGGUUUGAAGUGCCCAAGGCCUUAAUAAGUGACCGCGGAAGCCAUUUCGCGAAUCACCAACUCGCUAAGGUGCUAAAGAGGACCGCUUAUAAGACACCGAUUGGGACUACCCCAUUCCAGUUGCUUUAUGGCAAGACUUGUCAUCUACCUAUAGAAAUCGAGCAUAAAGCCUAUUGGGCGCUCAAGAAUUGUAAUAUGGACCUAAUUGAAGCUGGUGAGUUAAGAUCUAUGCAAUUGAAUGAAUUAGAUGAACUUAGGUUGUAUGCUUGUGAUAACUCUUUACUUUACAAGGAACGAACUAAAGUAUGGCAUGAUCGUAGGCUUAGGAAGAAGGAAUUUAAAGCCGGAGAUAAAGUUUUGUUGUUCCUGUCCAAGUACAUGUUUAAGCAACCCAAGUUGACAUCUAGGUUGAAGCUUUAUAAUCAAGAGGAGGAGAAUGUGGGAGUCGUCGUUGACGAGCUUCCAUUUUUCGAGAUGAAGCAAUGA